AUGACUCAUCUCCAAGAAUUGUACCUCCAGUUUAACAACUUCUCUGGUGCAAUUCCUUCAUCUAUUGGGAACUGUACUCAGUUACAAGACUUGUAUUUGAAUGAUAAUCAGUUGGAGGGUGUUCUUCCUUACAGUCUUAACAAUCUCAAUCAUCUUCUUAACUUUGAUAUUGCCAACAAUAAACUAACAGGUGCUAUUCCAUUGUGUUUUUCUGGUUGUAGAAAUUUACAGUUUUUGGAUAUCUCAUUCAAUGAUUUUGGUAGUGGCAUUCCAUAUAGCAUUGGUAAUUGUACUGCUUUAUCACAAUUUGCUGCUGUGAAAUCUAACUUGGUUGGAACUAUUCCAUCUUCCAUUGGUCUGCUCACCGAGCUUUCAAUUCUUAAACCUUUCCGAGAAUCAUUUGUCUGUGAAUUGGGGAAACUCGGCGAAUUACGCGACCUUGAACUGUUUUCUAAUCAAUUGAGUGGAGAAAUUCCGCUUGAGAUAUGGAAGAUUCGACGUCUCGAGCAUCUGUUUGUGUAUAAUAAUAGCCUUUCUGGUGAACUUCCUGUGGAGAUGACAGAGCUCAAGAACCUUAAGAACAUUUCAUUGUUUAACAACAUGUUCUCUGGAGUUAUACCUCAAAGCAUGGGAAUUAACAGCAGUUUGGUGCAGUUGGACUUUGUAAACAAUAGUUUCACUGGCAACCUGCCACCAAAUCUAGGUUUUGGAAGAAACUUGAGUGUUCUGAAUAUGAGAAUCAAUCGGCUUCGAGGAAGAAUACCUCCUGAUGUUGGAAGAUGCACAACUCUAAGAAGGGUCCUUCUUAAACAAAACAAAUUUACCGGGCCUCUUCCUGAUUUUGAAAGGAAUGUCAAUCUAUUAUACAUAGAGAUCAGCAACAAUGAAAUCAACGGGUCAAUUCCAUCUAGUUUAGGCAACUGCACGAAUCUCACGGGUUUAAUGUUGUCCACGAACAAACUUAGCGGCCGUGUACCACCGGAGUUGGGAAGACUUGUUAAUCUUCAGACGCUGGAUUUUGGUCAUAAUAACUUAGAAGGUCCUUUACCUUUUCAGCUCUCAAACUGUACCAAAAUGGACAAGUUUGAUGCGGGAUUUAACUUCCUGAAUGGUUCAUUGCCGUCAAGUUUGCAGAAGUGGACAAGGCUAAACACACUACUUUUGAAUGAGGGCGGGCAUUCCAGAGUUCUUGUUGGAUUUUAA